CAACGACACAGUCGCGCGUUGGCUUGCCUGGAGAGUGGUCACACUUUUAAGUUCCUCUGGGUGCAACGUUACGUUGCUUUGGCGGUGCAGGUCAUAAAUAAUUAUAAUUUUUUUUUCCAUUCUCUCGCGAGUUUCGUGUACAGUAUUUAUUGUGUGUGCAUUUUCUGCUGAUAAACUGGUCUUUUUGAAGGAAGAGCAAUGGCCUGCAAGAUGAGCUUAACUUUCGAAAACGGCACCGAAAUGCCGGCCCUCGGAUUCGGGACUUGGCGGGCGCCCAACGAAGAGGUGGAGAAAGCGCUGAACGAAGCCCUGGAAGCCGGCUAUCGCCACAUCGAUACGGCCCCGGUCUAUCUGAACGAGAAGACCAUCGGGAACGUGUUGAAGGAAUGGCUGGACGCGGGCCGGUUGACCCGCGAGGAGUUGUUCAUCGUGACGAAGCUGCCCCCGCACGGGACGAGGGCCGCCACGGUGGAGAAGUUUCUGCGCCGAUCGUUGGACGAUUUGCAGCUCGAGUACGUGGAUCUGUACCAUGUGCACGUGCCGUUUACGGUGCCGGAAGUGGAUGGGCCGUUCCUGAUGGAUGACAACGGGGAGGUCGUGCUGGAGACGACCACGGACCAUGUGGCGUUGUGGAAGGCCAUGGAGGAAGUGCAGAGGGCCGGCCUCGCACGCAACAUAGGCCUAUCGAAUUUCAACCAACGGCAGAUUCAAAGGAUCCUCGAUAAUUGCCAAAUCAAGCCGGCUAAUCUGCAGAUCGAGAACCACAUCUAUCUGCAGCAGCCGGAACUGGUAAAGUUCUGCAAGGCCAACGGAAUCACGGUGACGGCGUACUCGCCGCUGGGCUCGAAAGGAAUCGAGAAGUUGUUGAACCGCGAAGUGCCCGACCUGUUGGACAACCCGGCGGUGAAGGAAAUCGCCGCCAGGCUGGGCCGGUCCUGCGCCCAGGUGCUGCUGCGCCAUCUGCUGCAGCGCGGGAUUUCGACGAUCCCGAAGAGCACGAACCCGCGCCGGCUGCGGGAGAACAUUGCUCUGUUCGACUUCGAGCUCGCCGACGCGGACAUGGUGCGGCUGAACGCGCUGGACCAGAGCAUCCGGAUUUGCGACUUCGCGUUCUUUCCGGGAAUUACUAAGCAUCCAGAGUUCCCGUUUGCCACAGAAUCAACCUGAAUAUGUUGAAAGGAAUUUCUCAACUUUUCUAUAGUAUUGAAAACAAACGAAUAUAUUUUUUAAUCAAUUAAUGUUACUGAAUGCCUAUCGCUUGGCUACAUCGAGUAAAAGAAUUAGAUUUUAGUAUUUUAAAAAUAUACACUUUAAUAAAGUUAGAUUUCGCACGUAUUUAUUCUUAUUAUGAUUUUAUAUCACAUCAAUAUAAUUUUGAUUUGCAACGCCGGCACAUAUUUUAACAACGAUUUGAUAGUGUUAUAAUUGGGAUUAGCAAUCAAAAUAAUAUCAUUGGUCAGGUCCUCAGAUAUCUUUUCAAGCGGUUCAAGCCAAGUAAAUCUUUCCCAGUUCCUGAGUGGAACACUCCCCUUCAAGCAAACAGUUCUCAAAGGUAUACGUUAAGAAAUCAUUAAACAUCAUUAGCGCACAGCUGCACAUAGUCUAAUGUAAGUCUUAACGUAAUUGUGUAUUCGUUUCAUUUUUGAUUUUAAUUUUUCAAAUAGUCUCACACAAAACAAAUAAACAGGCAAUCACGAAGAGUUUGUUCGCUUAAGAUACGAGUACUAAGAAUUUCUAUGAAUGCCGGUUUCUAAAACAAAUUCAAAAUAUAGUGUAGUUUAAUCCUAGCAGGCCCGAAUAACUUCUUUAGUCUCUUUGACACUUAGGGUUGUUCAAAUAUUACGUCCAGAGAAUUUCAGGAUUUCAGA